AUGAGUACGGGCAUACCUACUGCAAGUUUCCUGUCAUCAUCGGCAUCAAUCCGAUUACCGAAUAAUACGAUCAAUAACAGUAACAAUAAUAGAAGAGUGAAAUACAACUUCUUUCAUCGGUUGGAUCAUGUGUCAACAGGAUCAAAUCAGGAGGAGCCCGAAAGUUUAAUUGAACUUAUGGAAAAAGAGGAAGAGAGAGCAAAAGAAGAAGAGGAGAAGAGAAAGCAUUUUGAAGAGAUUCAAAAAUUGAAAGAGGAGAUGGAGAGGCGAAAAAUUUUGAAAGAUGAAUUACGGAAUAUGAGAGAAAAGAGAAAACAAAAAAGAGAAAAGAGAAUUGCCAUGAAAGUUUUACUGCUUAUGAAUGACGAACGAGCACGAGAGUUAAAGCCUCAAUUUUUAGAGUUUAAGCAUGGAAAAUUGUCUCGUUAUGAUUUCAUGGCAGUAAUGAAAGACUUUGUUUUAAAAUAUUCAGAAAAGGAUUUUGGUUCACUGGCUGAGCCUCCUGGAAAUUCCAUGGACGACGAUACCGGUACAGGGUUGACAUAUACUGAGUAUUUUCAAAACUCUUCAGAAGAUGAAAGAAACUUGGUACUUAAUUUAUGUGAGCUAUUUAAUGAAAUUGACUUUGCAGGAGAAAAAUACAUCACUUGGGAUGAUUUCAUGUCCUAUUUGCUCGAUGCUGUAUCUGAUCAAACAACAAAAGAGGAUCAAAUCAAAGAGUAUGGUCUUUCGUUUGCUUCACCUGGCACAGAAAUUGAUGAUGCCAUUAAGAAAGUUUGCUAUUUUGAAAAUUGGGAUAAAAUUGUGACAUGUGGUAAAACGAAACGAUGUCGAAUAUAUGAAGCAAACGAUCUUUCUGUGGUGGCAUCACUUCCAGACCAUGAUGGAGCCAUUCUCCAUGCAGAAUACUUACCGGGCCCGUAUGACCUACUUGUGACAAGUUCUGCAGAUUUAUCAGUGCGAUUUUGGAAUGCAUCGCGGCUAGAAUUUGAUCUUGAAUAUAUGGAACAACUGGACGCAACACAGACAGCUCUAAAGUUUUAUCCUCGAAAUAAUAUAUUAUUUAGUGCUUCCAGAACUGGAGAUCUUACCUAUUGGAUUCAUGGCACUCCACCCAAUGACUACAGGAAGAAGACUCACUUGGAAAAGAUGGUGGGGAUUGGAAAUACUCCAAAAUAUCAAAAGCAACAAAAUCAAAAUAGCUCAAAAGAAAUAUUCUAUCAGAGUAGGAGAGUUAAUGUUCAUACUGAUGUUAUUACUGAUAUGAUCACACUUCCAAAUGACAAUAGGUUAGUGACAUCUUCGCUCGACUCCACCAUAAAAAUAUUUGACAUUGAAAAGGAGGUCAAAGUGAAGGAAUUUCUUGGCCAUACUAAGGGAGUGGUUUCCAUUGCCUGGAAAAACGAGUACCAUUUUCUAAUCAGUGCGGGUGCUGAGCGGGAGCCGCUGGUAUGGAUUGCCAACGUUGAAAAUCGUUCUCCAUUUAGAUUGAGAGAUCAAAGAAGCCCACACCAGCACUCAUUGAUUGGAGUUUGGGCAGUUCCAAACACGCCACAAAUUAUUAGCGCAGACCAUAGAGGUCUAAUUAAGAUUUGGGACAUUCGAACACAUAGAUGCUCUCAAACCAUAUACACCGAGCAAAAUGUUCCCAAGACUGACUUUCAAAACUUUUACCUUAAUUCAUUCACAUAUGUGCCAGCUCGUAAACAGAUUGUGACAGCUGGUCGAACAUUGAAGGUAAAAGGAGUGAAAAUAUGGGAUGCCUUAAGCGGAGCAUGUUCAAAAAGUUUCAGAGACUUGGCGAGCUGUGAUAUCACAACUGCAUGCAUUGAUGACAGAGGAAGAAAAUUCAUUGUAGGGACUCAUGUUGGAGAAAUUCUUGCUUUUAAUUUUACCAAUGCAAGCCUGGUAAAAUCCAUACCGUUAUUCGAUUCUGAAAUUACCAGUAUUACCUACUGUGAUGAUGGCUCCAAGUGCAUCGUAGCAACUUCAGCAGAAGGAGAGGUUGCUACUGUGUUGGAUCGACCAAGCUAUGAAACAAGGGUUUUCAAGCAUACACACAAACAUGAAGUCAAGUGUUGUUCGUUCUCGAGAACCUAUGCACUCACUGUAACAGGAGAUUCAGCAUCAAAUUGUUAUCUUUGGGACAUGAAAAACUAUUCCAAAAUUGCAGAAAUUAAGGGUCAAGGAGGUGAAAUCACUGCACUUUGUUUUAUAGGCGUAUUGCCUGCUUUUAUAGCUGCAGAAAACACUGGACGUCUCAUCAUGUACACAACACGACCAUACUAUUCGCCCAAUAUUGCUGUCCUUCAGUGGUACAACGAGUCCAAGUCUUCAGAAAGCAGCCCCAAAAAAGAGGAAGAUACUAUUAUUCAUUCUGAAACAAUGACCACUCCUUUCAUAACUGAAAAUCCUUCCCUGACCAUCACACCUUGCUCUUCUCAAGGUUUUAGAUCGGCAUACAUCAACAAUGACAAACCACAGCCACGAAAAGAGGAAAAUGGUUUUUUGAUCACUGGAGAUGAAAAGGGAUACAUUUGCGUUUAUAACUUGGAACCAAUUAUUGAGAUGGCCCAAAUAAGACUCUCUUCCAGAAUGCUCUCCAACCAAAAAGUUCCAUUAAGCGAGGUUGCCAAAAUGAAACCAGAGAAAUUGGCUCAAUGGAAGGCACACAAUGAAGCUGUUACGAAAAUACAAGCUAUAAGAGAACCAAAUUGUAUCAUAACUUCCUCUCUCGAUUGUUGUUCCAUGAUUUGGACAAUGGGAGGAGAAUUGAUGGAUUCUCUCAGACAAGAAACUAAAGAAUGGAACGAUACUGAAUUUGACAAGAUCAUGGAUGACACCUCCAUCAAUAACCCAAAACCUUUCAACUUUCCCAUCAACCUUGAAGAGCGACGUAAAGAAGAUGCUCUCACAGUUUCAGGUGUCAUUGAGAAAAUUACGAAACAGCUUCGAUUAAUUGGCAUUUGGAAAUCUACCUCAAAGGAAAGAAAACACACCAAAAAAGAUGUCAAUUCAUUGCUUAAUCAAUUAGAGAGGACAGUAUCACAAGGAUCUUUUUCGUUCAGUUUUCGAAGGAGUCCACUUGCAAGCCCUUCUGUCUCUUCCACUCUUGUACAAAGUGGCAAUUUAUUCACUGCUGCCUUAGACAAGAGUCGACAACAAUCGCCAGUGAAAUCUCAUCCCAAGACUGAUGCACCUGAACUUCAAUUCAGGGUUCCUGUAAAUCCUCGCUCCACCUCUCCCAUCUCUACCCUGUCUCCCAUUCCUUCUUCUGGUACCAUUAACAACCAAAUGUUCCUCAAACGAAAACCCCAAAAUCAACGUUAUGAACCCUCUCGAUCUGAGUCACCAAACUUUUUUAUUGAGAGACGUCCCAAUACAACAAGUUCUAUUAGUAAGGCGAGAAAAAAGCCAAUCAUGUCCAUCUCUAGCAUGAAUCGAUAG